CUAGAUUGAAGAACAGAGAAAAUUACUCCUCCACGCACGAACAAAGGCAGAGGAAAACCCAGGAAAAGGAAAAUUGAGAAAUUUUCAUUUCAUCGAAAGAAAGCAAAACGCAAAAGGGUUCAAUUUUGGGGAAUUCAUUUUUCCAUUUAUUUAAUGCAUCAGAAGAAAUCGGAAGUUCAGAUCGGAAAAGAAAGCAGCGGCGUCUCUUCCGAUUUUAACCCCAAGCCUGCAGCCGUUCAUCACCAUCUUCCGCCUCAUCAGCUGCAACAAUUCAAUUACCACCACAGUUUAAAUCAAUUUCCCGAUACGACAGCGGCCAAGGCGACGCCGAUUUCCGUUUUCCCUCAGAUAGUUAUCCAUAGCCCUCCGCAAGAUGACGCAAUUGCGCCCGCGCCUCCUUCCUCGUCCCCUUCGACUCCUUACAAGAGACCCCUUUUGACCCAGACGCCUUCUCUCGCCAGAACCCCAACUUUGUACCGUUUUACGACGCCCCCACAUUUCAGUUCCCCAAACACCACUUCUUUUUUCUCCUUUUCCAUUGCUGCUAAAUCUUACGUUUAUCGAAUUCUCCGUCGUUUCAAGAACUUGCGUCUUCUCCGAGUUCAUUUACGCUUAAUCCUCCUCCUAUCUCUCCCUUUUUUCUACUUCUUAGUUUCGCAUCCAAGCCACUCCUUUUUACUCAACUUCCUAUCCGCUUUCGCUUUCUCCGCUGCUCUUCUUUUCUCCCUUAACCUCGCUCUCCCUCGCCUUCCUUCUAUUCGCUUGUUCUUAGCACGUUCUUUUCCUAUUAAGCUCAAGUCACCGUCUCCACUCUCAAGGUCUCAUUUGCCAGUAUUUUGGUCAAUUGGUUCUCGGUCGAAAUCUGAAAAGCGAGCAAACUCGGGGUGUUGGGUUCAAGUUUAUAGCAAUGGAGACGUUUAUGAAGGAGAGUUUCAUAAGGGGAAGUGUUCAGGGAGCGGUGUUUAUUAUUAUUACAUGAGUGGACGGUACGAGGGGGAUUGGGUGGAUGGGAAGUAUGAUGGCUACGGGGUUGAAACGUGGGCUCGAGGAAGCCGUUAUCGUGGUCAGUACCAGCUGGGUCUUAGGCAUGGAUUUGGGGUUUAUAGGUUCUAUACAGGAGAUGUUUAUGCAGGAGAGUGGUCUAAUGGGCAGGGGCAUGGCUGUGGGAUUCAUACCUGUGAGGAUGGAAGUCGAUAUGUCGGGGAAUUCAAAUGGGGAGUCAAGCAUGGACUCGGACAUUACCAUUUUAGGAAUGGAGAUACAUAUGCUGGGGAAUAUUUUGCGGACAAGAUGCAUGGGUUCGGCGUCUAUCGUUUUGCAAAUGGCCAUCGCUAUGAGGGUGCUUGGCAUGAGGGUAGGCGACAAGGGCUUGGAAUGUAUACGUUCAGAAAUGGGGAAACACAAUCUGGUCAUUGGCAAAAUGGAAUUCUCAAUGUCCCAAGCACACAGAGCUCCACAUAUCCUGUGUCACCUGUAGCUGUUUACCACUCAAAAGUACUAAAUGCGGUGCAGGAGGCUCGAAGGGCAGCAGAGAAAGCUUAUGAUGUGGCCAAGGUAGACGAGAGAGUGAACAAGGCAGUAGCUGCAGCUAAUAGAGCAGCAAAUGCAGCAAGAGUAAUAGCAGUUAAAGCAGUUCAAAAGCAAAUGCAUCAUAAUAAUAACAGUGACAACAUUCCCAUCUCUAUGAUGUCAACGGCUCAUUAAUAACCUUCUAAAACACAUGAGAAUUGAGAUAGCCUCGAGAACGGUGGCUUAUGGGACUUACUUUUAAAAAUAGGUUUAUAUUCGAUACUACUAUCUUGUUACGGUCCUCGAUCUUUCAUCAAGAGGCUGUAAUUUGUCAUGCCUGCGUAUUCCAUGGCAUGGGAAAGGAGACGUCUAAAUAGUAUUCAAUCCUUUCAAUAUAUAUAUUUUUUUUCUUGAAAAAGUAGAUAUUAUUAUGUACGUCCUACGAAGAAUUUCCUAGCAGAGAAAGGGGAUGGAAUGAUGGUGAUGGCACCAUCAGAUAAAAUAGCUGCUGCUUUUCCUGUGUGGGUGCAGCUUUGUAGAUAUUAUGUGAUAAUAUGUAGGUGGUAGUAGGAAAGGCAGGUGAAGCCUCAUCCAGCCAGUCAAUGUUUGUUGUGAACUUGAUUGUUUGUUGCAAUGCAUUAAAUCUUGCAUG